CGAAUAAAUUAACCUCUUUUUGCUUUCACUGAAAGCAAAAACAACACAUUGAAAACGAAAACUGAAAGUGCUAAUGAAUGCAACGAAAAAGGGUGACACGUGUUAUAUAUUCAACGAUACAACAUAUAUAUCAACGACCGACAAAUUCCAUAAAUAACGUAGCAACCUAAAAAACGGUAAGUUUCUCCCAGAGAAAUUCUGGGUCUGUGAGAGCACAUUCAAUCCAUAUGUAUUUCUAUGGAACCAAAAGAAUUGUGUAACAGUUAAUAAUAAAAGUGUAUAGUAUUAAGUAACAGUCUAUGAACAUUAGUAUAUACACAAUUACAGAACACCGAAAAUGGUUGGCCAUAACAAUCAACUGGAAUUCAAUAUUCCACAACUUCAAAAUCUUAUCAAGAGAGAUCCUGCCUCAUAUCAUGAAGAGUUCAUGUCCCAGUUUACGCAUUUCCUCAAUACUUUGGAAGCAUUUCAGCUCUAUCCUGAGCAGCACAAUAAAACUUUGGACGAUUUGGUUAUGUUUAUGGCCCAAGUAGCUCAUUGUUACCCCAAGGAACUGAAAGAGUUUCCCCAACAAUUGAUAGAGGUAUUGCGAACUCAUAACACUGUACUGGACAACAAUAUGCGAAUGGCCUUCUGCCGAGCUUUGAUUUUACUCCGUAACAAAAAUCUCCUCGCACCCACUGAUUUGUUGGAACUGUUUUUUCAACUUCUUCGAUGCCAGGACAAGGCAUUGAGAUCCUUUUUACAGAACCACAUCAUCACGGAUAUAAAAAACUUGAAUGCUAAACACAAGAAUGCAAAGUUGAAUUCCACAUUGCAGAAUUUUAUAUUCACCAUGAUGAAAGAUUCAAAUAGAGCUGCGAAAAUGUCUAUUGAUAUAAUGAUCGAGUUGUACAAGAAGAAUAUUUGGAAUGAUGCCAAAACAGUGAAUGUAAUUGCAACAGGAUGUUUUUCGAAAUUUGCCAAGGUUAUGGUGGCUUCAAUGAAAUUUUUUUUGGGUAAAGAUCCUGAUGAGAAAAAUUCAGAUGACUCUGAUUCUGACAAUGAAGUGGACCCAAAGGAAGUAAUCAUGGCGAAUAAGGUCAACAAGAAAACUAGAAAAAGAGAAAAGCAACUGAGCAAAGUGAAAAAAUUGGCUUCUAAGGCAUACAAGAAGAAAUCUGAAGCACCUGUCUUUAAUUUUUCUGCCAUACAUUUAAUUCAUGAUCCACAAGGCAUGGCUGAAAAACUAUUCAGACAACUAGAGACCACCACCAAACGGUUCGAAGUGAAGUUGAUAACCCUGGAUGUGAUCUCUCGCUUGAUAGGAAUACACGAACUCUUCCUUUUCAACUAUUACUCUUACAUUCAAAGAUUCAUGCAGCCCCACCAGAGAGAAGUGACCAGAAUUCUUCAGUUCGCAGCCCAAGCCAGUCACGAAUUAGUACCACCAGAUGUCAUUGAACCUGUAUUGAAGACCAUGGCCAACAAUUUCAUAACAGAACGCAACUCUUCAGACGUGAUAGCCAUUGGACUGAAUGCCGUCAGAGAAAUCUGCUCCAGAUGUCCCUUAGCAAUGACGGAAGACCUGAUGCAGGAUCUGGCUCAGUAUAAAACGUACAGGGAUCGUUCUGUCAUGAUGGCGUCUAGAUCUUUGAUACAACUUUUCAGAACGUCGAGACCAGAGCUCCUGCACAAGAAAGAUAGAGGUCGUCCAACAGAAGCGAUUGAAGAACUUGACCCUCUAGAUUAUGGAAAAAUUACUGCCAAAGAUUAUUUACCGGGAGCAGAGGUUCUGCUCGAAAAUAAAAGUGAGAACAUUGAAAUCAAUUCUGAGUCGGGUUCUGAUGAUGAGGAAUGGAUUGACGUUCAGCAUUCGGAUGAUGGUCUGGAAGAUGAAGAUGGUGAUGAUGAAGAUGAUGGCGUGGAAGAGGAAGAUGAUGAAGAGGAGGAAAUCGAAGAGGAGGAAGAGAUGGAGGAAGAGGAAGGGGGCAAAGAAAAAAAAAGUGAAGUCUCUGGCCAAGUAAUCCCGGUAGCUGAGGCCAAGAAAGAAGGUGAGGAGGGGGGCGGAAGUGAAGAUAAAUCAAAGGAAAAGAAUAAAAAAGGUAAGAAACAGAUACUCAAGGCCAAACAAAAGUUGGAAGCCAAAAAAUUGAAGAGAGAUCAAGCGCAAAAGGUAACUUUGGAGCGGCUCUUGACCGACGAAGAGUUCAGACGAAUAGAUAUGGCGAAUGCCAAAAAGCAAGUCUUCAGCUCGAAGAAAGGACUGAAAAGGAAGUUGGAAGAAACACUUGUAAGUGCUCCUUCUGAACUGGUCAAGUUGAGCGAUAUCGAAAAUAUUUACAAGAAACGAAAGCACGAUAAACAAACAAGGAUCGAAAGUGUUAAGAAGGGACAAGUGGAUCGGGAAAAGUUUGGUUAUAAAGAUGGGAGGAUGAAUGAGAAUUGUUCGACUACGAACAGGGAAAAAAGGAAAAAUAAGAAUUUCGGAAUGAUCAGACAUAAAGUUAAGAGGAAACAGAAUAAAAGUUAUAAAGAUAAGCAGAUAUCGUUAAGAAAUCAUUUGCUUAAGUUGAAAAAAUUUAAAUAAAGUGUCAGUCUAGUCUUAUA